AUGGUAACGGCACUGAAGAAGACAGUGGUCGUCCUUGGGUUGUCAUACGGAGGUGCGCAUGCUGCGCGCACUCUCUCGCAGCGGCUCCCCAGGGGCUGGCGCGUCGUCUGCAUCGACCGAAACACACAUUUCAACCAUCUGUAUGUCCUGCCACGAUUUGCCGUAGUCCCCGGGCACGAGCACAAGGCCUUCAUCCCGUACCAACCCAUGAUGACACUCCACGACCCGACGCCCGUCGCCGAGACCGUACUCCUGCAUGCCCACAUCACGUCGCUUGCGCCCAACUCGCUGACGCUCUCGCACGCGUUCCCCGAGCACGGCAUUGAGGGACCGGAACGGAGACUCGACUUCGACUAUGCGCUGUACGCGCUCGGAAGCCACCUGCCGGCGCCCAUCAACCUCUGGGGGCCUGUCAGCGACGACCCGGACGUGUUCGCUGUCACGAAGAGCACGGUGCAGGACGUCGUAGGCAAGCGCCAGUCGCCCUCCGGUGUGGCCGAGGGGAAAGGCUCUGCGUAUCAGGGGACGAAGCCGGAGGCGAUCAGCUGGCUGCAGCGGUUCGGGGAGCGAAUCAAGAGUGCGUCGAGUAUUCUUGUUGUGGGUGGAGGACCUCUUGGCGUUCGUGAAUACUCGACGGACAUCAAGGAGAGGCACCCGUCGAAGCACGUCACCCUCCUCCAUUCUCGUACACAGCUUCUACCAACCUUUGUCAAGGGCAUGCACGACGAGAUCGUCUCUACACUCACCGAACUAGACAUCCCCACCAUCCUUGGCGACAGGCUCGAUCUCGCCUCUGUCAAAGAGGGCAAGACAGUGAUUAACCCGGACGGAAAGAAGGAGCGCGUCGUCCGGACAGUGAGCGGACGAGAAAUCCGGGCCGAACUCAUUCUUUUGUGCACGGGCCAGGUUCCCAACACAGGUCUCAUGGCUCAAGCAGUUCCCGAGGCGGUCAUCUCGGAAGGCUUUAAGAAAGGCCAGACUCGCGUCGCCCGGACAAUGCAAGUGGCGGUGCCCGCUCCCUCGCCCAAGUCGCACGGCAUCGACUCCGUCCGAACAGUGCUCAACGGGCUCAGCCUGUCAGACAAGCGCGCUCAGAACGGAGACAAACCAGUUCAUCUACCAUAUCCGAACCUCUUCGCCGUCGGUGACGCGGUGGACGGGUUCGGCGCGAACAACGCGGGGAGGAACUCGUACUACAUGGCGGAGAGGCGGGAAUCAAGUCGGGGCUCAGCUCGACCGAUACGAGCCCGGUCCUCUUCGAAGGCCAUCAAGAUCUCGCUGGGGAUGCGCAAGCAACUCGUUCAGAACGAGGAGGGGCAGGCCGUGACAUCGAUGGACGGCGUGGAGGACCUGCACGCGCCGAGCAUGUGGGACCUUUACGGCGUGAGCACGGACGACAUGCACCGGUGA